GACACAUAGAGUACCUGGAUAAGUAGUGGGCAGUCAGAAACCACAACAAUUUGAAAAAAGAAAGACAUUCUUUUUACUAACAAUGGUAGUAAUGGUAACAGUGAUCCGACCUUUAAAACGGAGCAGCCUUUGGUUUAAUCACAUUGCACCUAUUCGGAGUUUGUGGUUUUGCUGCACAUAAAUGACUUCCAAUAAAUCAGGUGUGAGAUUACUGAGGAAUGCACUGCAGUAAAGGACGGAGAUUAACAUGUGACUGCAAAAGCCAUUCUCUUCAUUAGUAAUAAUGGCAUAGGAGUCUAGGGUGAUACUGAAGCAUACAGAGUACUGUAUUCUGCACCAGACUAGAUAACAGGCUGAUGGAACAUUGCUUGGCUUUUAUUUAUGUAAGGAAUGAUUUAAUGAAAGCAGUGUAGAUUGUUAAAACAUCAUAGUACUAAAGUGCUGUUUUGACUACUCAUUUCAUUAGGAUUAUGGAGGAACACUAAUAUGAUGAACAUGAAGGCAUGAAGACAGAAUGCUGGUCAUGUCAAAACUAAAAUGCAAGCAGACCUGGCAAUAAAUCCAUCCAUAUUCUGCUGAAAAUGUCUUUUAGUGUAACAUGCUACCGUAUUUUUGGCUGGAAGACCAGACUAACAAUGGCAGCUACUAAAAAAACAUCCUUUCGCCAAGGUACAAUACAAAGAAGUAAAUCCGAAGGCAAUUUGAUAGAUUUAGAUGAUGAAGGACCUAUGGCUAACAGCUUUUAUAAAGAUGAUGUAUUUUUUCAAAAGAAUGCGCAAGCAAACACAGUAAACAUCUUUGGAAACAUGCCUGAUGUCUUACAACCAACUGUUCAAAGUAAUUCAAAAAACAUAAAUCCUUUCUGGAAUAAUCUCUCAAAAUCAAACCCCUUUUUGAUUGACAUUUCCCAGACAGAUGACAGUACUAAUAUCUCAAGAAUUUCUUUAGCAAAAGAAGACAAUUUUCUUUUCGGUGAUUAUAGAGAAAUAGCAGAUUCAGUUGCAUCUUCAACAGAUGAACUCGACAUUGACUUGUUACUUAAAAAUACUUCAUCUCGAAGGUCGGGGAAAAGCAAGAGUGCUUCAGAUAUCUUAGAUAUUCUGGACAACAAAGAAACUCCUUUACAAAAAAAGGAUACUGCCAGUCAGGUGUUUUCUGCUGAUCUUGAGUGGCUUCAAAAUGAUCGAGAAGCAUAUAAGUCAGCUUGGCUGAGUCAUCGGCAACUCACACGAUCUUGUCUUGAUCUGGAUGUGAUAAGUCAAAGUCCAGGAUGGGCUCAAACCCAGGCUGCUGAAACCAACAUUAUUUGCAAGGUCGAUCAUCAAGGAGGAUCUGUUGAACUUCCAGAUUCGGACAUCAAAGUUUAUAUUCCUGAAGGUCACAUUGCUCCAGGUGAAACACAGGAAGUAACUCUGAAGGCCAUCCUUGACCCUCCCCACUUACUUAAUAACAGGCAUUCAACUACAAUCAGCCCGUUGCUGGAAAUUCAGCUAAGUAAACCUCAAGUAAAAAAUGCAAUACUAGCUGAAAUGAAAGUAUGUGCCGAGGUGAAAAGGGAUCCUUUGAGUCAGGUAUUGGCUGAGAUUGUUUGCCUAACUUCAACAAGGAAAGAGGGUCCAUUUCUGCGUGUAAAUGACUGUUACAUAUAUGGAGAUACAUUGCAGGUAAAGCUAAACUCAUUAAACUCUAUUAUGUAUGUUAUUGCCGUAGCUCAGUUGAGAAACACAGACCCUUCAUCAUCCUUUGUUUGGGACUAUAUCAGUAAAAGCAUAACAAUGGCGUUGUAUGGUCCAAAGCAUAUUCAUCCUUCAUUUAAUGCUGUCUGUGCAAUAUUUGGUCACAACCAUACUCCUCAAAAGCUUACUGUGACUAACCUUAUGAAAGGGAAAAAAACACUGCCACCAGUUGUAUUUCAGCUUUGGGGAAGGCAACAGUUUCUUCUGCAAAAAACACAAGAAUUGGUUAUUUCUGGGCACACCAGGGACUCAAAAUUUGAGAUGCAUACUGUUUGCCAACUAUCCGAAGAACAACUUAUUAUGGGAAAAGUUGUUCAGCUUCAGUUCCCAUUUUCUGUGCAGGGUGUAGAAGAAAUAAAACCAUUUGCUUUUAAAAUGUAUGUUCAAGGCCAUGGUGGUGAGCUUGUGACAGAGUUGGACAUUCAGUCUCCCACUGGCACUCCUAGAAAACUAGGUGCUUCUGAUAGGCAAAAGCGCAUCCAAAAGAGAAGAGAAGUAAAAUCUGCACCCUUGCCAAUUUUGUUUACACUUAGGUAUCCAGAAUUUCAAGACAAGUCUGUUGAGAUCCUCAAUUAUGCUGUGACACAAAAGUCUGUGUUACGACAACCCAAAAUUGACUAUUUGUUGGAAUAUUUUAAAGGAGACACAAUUGCACUUCUAGAUACAAACAAAGUUAAAGUAAUUGGACAUGCAAGAAUUAAAGAGUGGUAUAUAGGUUUUUUACGAGGGAAGAUAGGACUUGUACACUGUAAAAAUGUGAAAGUGAUUUCACAGCACCAGGUUAUGAACUUCUCUGAUGUAAGCAUGACCACCAGCAUAUUUCUUGAACAGCUUGUAAAGCCUCUCCGGAGACUAACAUAUAUUUAUUCAUCAGUGCUUGCUAUUGUCUGUGAAAAAAUUCAUGACUGGAAGGGUUUUGCUGAAGCACUUGGAUAUUCCAACCUGUCACUAGAGGAUAUUAGUAGAUCACAGGUGGAGAAGGAGUCUGAAAGAGUCACUUGUGUUGUCGAGAAACUUAAAGAAGACUGCCAUUCCAGUACUGCAAAUAAAAAAUUUCUACAGGAACUUAUUCGUGGUCUUUUGAAGAUUAACUGUCAGGGGACUGUGGCACAGAUCACCCAAGAUGUAAUUGUCUUGUCUACUGCUGUACAGCUGGGAGUUCACUGGAGGGAACUGGCAGAAAAACUUGCAGGACUUACAAAACAGCAGAUUAAAGAAUAUGAAGUUCCACACAGAAUCAGGAAACAAGAACUGAACUCAGAAACCAUGUGGAAGCCAGCAUAUGAUUUCCUGUAUACAUGGAGUGCAAACUAUGGAGAAGGGUACAGAGAUGUGCUGCAGGAUUUACAUGUGGCUUUGGAUAAAAUGAGAAAUCCUAUUACAAGACAAUGGAGACAUCUGACUGGAACCCUUAUACUUGUAAGCUGCAUGGAAAAACUUGGAGCAGCUGCUUUUCCCAAGAUGGACGACAGAUAAAUGUAUUUUAAGUAGAUUCAUUCUGAUGAUUAGCCAGAGUAGAACAUCCAGUCAUUCAGUUUGCUAGCUACAUAGUAUUUAUAAAUGACAGCAUCCUCUUUAGACAAAUCUGCAAGUCUGUUUAAUCUGUGCUUGUGGAUGUUGAUGUAACCUAAUAUUUUUCAUGCUGCAAGUUAUAAACUUCCUUUCCAAAGUCAUCAGUGUAGUACCUAUUGUUAUCAUUAUAGUACAUUUGUAAACUGUGCUGCCAUUUUUUAUUGUUAUAUGCUUAUAAACCUGAUUUGCUUCUGUCAAUCAGUAUUUGUAGAGUUGGUUUGCACUGAAGUAGGCAGAAUACUUGCAAACCCAGUGCCAUUAAUAUUAAGUUCAUUAACAAUUCAUUGCUGUUAAUAUGCAGUUAGUGAUAGUUUUAACAACAGUCAUGCAAUUUCAUAUUACAACACAAAUGUCUCGUGCCACCUAUAUCCUGUUUUUUCACCUCCCUUCAUUCUUUGUACUGCCUAGUUUGUCAAUUUAGAUUAAUUUCUACUUUCUGUAUUUUCCUUCACACCACAGCCAUAUACUGCUGCCACAUUUGCUUUCCUAAUGUUUUGUGAAGCUUUUGACAAUAAUUUUUAAAUGAAUUCCAAAUGCAGAUACAAUAUCCAGAAUAAUCAGUGGUCUUGAAGAGAAUUGCAGUUUAGUAGUUUUGUUACAGUUGUUCAUUGUAGUGUAAGUUAACAUAUGCUGGAUUUUUAAAUAUGCUGAUAAAUUUGUUUUAUUAAACAUAUUCUGCUUAAGUGCGAGCAAGUGCCAUAAUUCUGUCACUUUGAUAUAAUAUUUGAAGGCAGACUGGAGCUCAUUAAAACUAAAUGCAAUUAAAAUUCACAUUGCAUAUUACAGAAUGGAAAGGUAUGGCUAAAACACUCCAACUGAUUAGUUCAUUAAAAUACUCCCUGAUUUUCAUUC